AUGAUCCUCCUCUCAAGAGUAGACGAUCGCAAGGCGGUUCUCGGUUUAUUCAACGCCGCCCAUGAACUGGCAAAUGGCCAGACCGAGGCCUCAUUUCCGAGGCUCGGCCAGAUGAUUCUGGACUACGAGAGUCCGCUAAAGAAGUUGUCGGAGGAGUUGACACCGUUGAAUCGACUGAUGCUCUCCGCCCUGAGCUCAGGUCUAGUCUUCAAGAAGAAACAUUUCCGCAACUUCUUCGCGAACUGCCCAAUUCUAUCGCUUACGACAAACCCCCAGCAAAUGGUCUACGUCGCCCAGACGGAUACGGGACCUCUCCGAGAGCUCACCCUGCUGAUCCACGAUGAGCCAGGACUGCUCGGCCCUAAAAUUCUGUUUGUAUGGAUGGCGUUGAGCUUCAGUCGAGACGAGGUCCUCUGGCUCCUCCGCCACUACGAUAUCUGGCCCUCGACAAAGAAGAAAGAUGGCAGCAAGACAGAAAAAGCCGAGGAGCUGGUCGAUAAACAACUGCCCGAGCUGCUGCAUUACAUGGAAGAGUUGAGGGACCUCGUUCGGAAACAUGCAGGCAUCAUUCAGCGAUAUUAUAUGACUUACAUCGGCAACUACGACGUGGCGGCUAUUGGAGAAUUGAUGAACGGGCUAAAAGGUCUCAGCAAGGACGACAACGAGCUGAUCCAAGACUUCAUGCGCGACAUUUCAUCUCUGAACGCUGAAGUCUCAUUCCGAGCUCUUCGCCUUGAUUGGUGCCGCUUUCAGGCCCACGUCUCGAUUUCCCGAUCACCUUUUCAACUUUCUGCUCAUCAACCGUUUGCCGUGGCGAUGAACACGGCCGUUUUUCAUCUGAGAAUGGUCGAUUUACUGGAGGAGACACUAGGGAAACGAGCGAUUUGUCGAUAUAUUGCUUCUACGUCCGACAUCUGGAACGUCAGUGGCGGUUAUGCA